AUGGUUCCGAUUCGAGUUCGACUCGUCUUAUCCAGGCGUCGCCAUGAAGACCUCACCACUCCGAGCCGAGGAGCGUCACCAGCCGGAUCGCCAGCGCCGAUAAAGAUUUCUCCUUUAAGACCCCACACGAAGCGGGCGCCAGCCGAGAUCGCUCGCCCGGAUCCGGAGCUCGGCCUCAAAUGUAGUCAGCAGACUGAUGGCUCUAUUUUUGAUCCACUGGGUUUAAAUUCAGAGGAAUUUCAUGGGUGCAAAUCUUCCUGGAAAAAUGUUUUGAAUUUCUUUUCACAAAUAUUUGAGAAUACGCCAGGGGCAAGAAAGGAGAGAGCUUCAAAUCGAGGAGUAGCAGCUGCUAUUGAGGAUAGUUCUAUUGACAUCAGCGACUUCUUCAAAGGUCCUUUACCAGGAAAAUUUCUCAAGCUCUUGGGAUAUUUAGCUUUAUCACGACUUGGAAUAUAUAUUCCUCUGGGGGGGGUUAACCGAGAAGCUUUUGUUGGUAAUUUGGAUCAGAACAGUCUUCUGAGCACAUUGGAUUCAUUUUCUGGUGGUGGCAUUGGUAGACUUGGAAUCUGUUCACUUGGUAUUGUUCCAUUUAUAAAUGCACAAAUUGUCUUUCAGCUUCUCACCCAGAUUUAUCCCAAGUUACAAGAACUUCAGAAGAGAGAGGGAGAAGCAGGUAGAAAGAAGGUUCUCCAAUAUACACGUUAUGCUUCAGUAGGAUUUGCAAUUGUGCAGGCCAUUGGGCAAGUAGUGUACCUCCGUCCAUAUGUCAAUGAUUUUAGUACUGAGUGGUUACUGUCAUCUGUGACAUUGUUAACACUUGGAUCGGUGUUUACCACUUUCAUCGGGGAGAGGAUAUCUGACUUGAAACUUGGAAAUGGGACAUCACUUUUGAUAUUUACAAGUAUUAUAUCCUACUUGCCGGCAUCAUUUGGCAGGACAGCUACACAGGCAUUUCAGGAUGGAAAUUACAUUGGACUAGCUUCAAUUGUCUUCUCUUUUUUCUUAUUAGUUCUGGGGAUUGUAUAUGUGCAGGAAGCUGAGAGGAAGAUACCCCUUAAUUAUGCUUCAAGAUACAUGAGCAGAAGUGGUGGGCUUCAAAAAUCAGCAUAUCUUCCUUUUAAGGUAAAUAGUUCUGGGGUGAUGCCCAUUAUAUUUUCAACAUCUUCAUUAGCCUUACCAGGUACUAUGGCCCGUUUCACUGGUGUAGCAGCUCUCAAAAAGGCUGCAUUUGCUCUGAACCCAGGAGGUGCACUGUACCUUCCUACUAAUAUAUUGCUGAUAGCCUUUUUCAAUUAUUACUAUACUUUUCUUCAAUUGGAUCCUGAUGAUGUAAGCGAGCAGUUAAAGCGCCAAGGUGCUUCAAUUCCUCUUGUUCGACCUGGGAAAAGCACUGCUGCUUUUCUGAAAACAGUACUUAGCCGAAUAUCCGUUCUUGGCUCCGCAUUCCUGGCAGUGCUGGCUGCAGGACCAGCCAUAAUUGAACAGACAACUCAUUUGACAGCAUUCCGCGGAUUUGCUGGAACAUCGGUUCUAAUCCUUGUUGGUUGCGCAACUGAUACAGCCAGGAAAGUCCAGGCUGAGAUAAUCUCACAGAAAUACAAGAACAUCGAAUUUUAUGAUAUUAACAAUGACAAUCCUUGAUACUGUUAAAAUAGACUUCUAUUUCAAGUCUUUAUUUUUGUCAAAUUUCAGUCUUGCAUCUCCAUUCAUGAUUUGUUUUUA